ACAGCAGCGGACUAUCAAAUAUUUUUGGCUGUUCCUUGGAUUAUGGUGGCUCCCAAACGACUACCCCGGGUAUAUUGCGUCCGGCAUGGUCCUACCGAAUGGAGCAUUAAUGGACGGCACACCGGGACAACAGACCUGCCGCUCACUGAAGGAGGCGAAAAGAUCGUUGCCGACUCAUCCGCGAGAUUGGUGGGGCCUAACAAAAUUUUGGAUCCGCAACUAUUUACCAAAGUCUUGAUCUCACCUCGUCAACGGGCCAAGCGGACGUUCGAGCUGUUAUUCAAAAACGAUUUACCAGCGUUUGAGAUCGAGGAGAAUGUUCGCGAAUGGACUUAUGGAGAUUAUGAAGGCCUAUGGAAACACGAAGCAGCUGAAAUUCGAAAACAGAAAGGGCUGCCAAGUGGUCGCGGAGGUUGGGAUAUAUGGGUAGAUGGAUGUGAGGGAGGGGAGAGUCCUGAGGAAGUCACAGCGCGGGUAGAUUGUGUCGUCAAAAGAGUGAAAGACUUGCAUCGAGCAUGGGUAGAAGACCCCAAUCGCAAGGCCGAAGAUAGAGGAGGCGAUGUGUUGAUUGUGACUCAUGGACACUUUUCCAGAUGCUUUGUGGCUCGUUGGCUAGGCCUUCCACUACCUCAAGGAAGUCUUUUCACCGUCGAGACUGGAUCAGUGACUAUUGGACAAUACUAUGGCGGCAGUCUAGAUUGUCCUAUUCUUGGAGGAUUGAACAUCGGCUCAGUGUGAAGUCCCGACGUUGUCGUCUCAAGUUUGCUACCAACGUUCAAGUCCGCGGACGCUUGUUGACUCCCCUACCACAUACACUGGCCAUGGUGAGACAAACUUACCAUGCAGAUUAAAAAUUGUACCUUGUCCUCAUAGAAGUGCUCUUGUUAUAGAAAUGAUCUUGUUCUCUUCACGUUCAUGGUAAAAUAAACCCUAGCCGCAUUGUAUGUAUAGAGAUCUUUCUGAAUCUAUUGACGUUCCAAAUUACAAUACUGUAGUGGGCCUGCUACAAUUGUCCCCAGCCCCUGAA